CAGGUGUGGAGCCGUAACCGCUCUGCCUUGGAAUCCGGGGGAGCGGAGCCUGAAGCUGGUUGAAGGGCUCCGGGGCACCCGUACCCCCCAGCGCCUAGCACGGUUACCGACUUGGUGCCUCUGGCCAAGGUGACAGCGCCUUCCCCCCUGGGCCCGGCUGGGGCGGGGCUCUGCGCUCCCGGCUGCACCCCUUAGUUUGGAGGGCUGCCCUGGGGGCUGAGCUGUAAAGUAAAGGGAAGGCUUUGUAGUUCGCCCAGAAAUCUGGAGAAACUUUGGGAAGGCGUCCUUCCUCACGCUGCCACUCCUGCUCCCAACCGAUCUUUUCAAAUGGAGUUUCCUGGAUUUACGAGCGCUUUGUGCUGUGCGUGGCUGAGUUGCUGAUUCCGUCCUUAAGUGAAGCGGUGGUUGGUUGCGGGCCCGGUCCGAGUCACACCUUGUGUUUUGUUCCGUCUGUACCACGAGCGCUAAUAACGGCUUUCUCAGAAGAUAAGCAGUUGGUGAACCUGCUCUAUGACCACGUUGCUUGGCACUUAAUUAAGGAUUGGAAUUCUCACAACCUCGGAUUUCCUUUGGGAGCAGACUGGGAUGGAUUGGAAUGAAGAAGUGGAAACUGAAAAGAACUUCAUUUCAAUACAGAUGACCAUGCAACCUGCAAUUCAAGUGUGGUUUGGAGAAGACCUGCCUCUAAGUCCACGGAGUCCUUUAACCCCCAGACACGGGCCAGGUUUGGCUGAUGUUUGUCAGUAUGAUGAGUGGAUAGCUGUGAGGCAUGAAGCCACCCUGUUGCCCAUGCAAGAAGAUCUGUCAAUCUGGCUAUCCGGUUUAUUAGGUACUGAGGUUAAGGCGGAAAGAUUAUUGGAAGAACUUGAUAAUGGAGUGCUAUUGUGCCAACUGAUUGAUGUUCUUCAAAACAUGGUGAAAGCAUACAACUCUGAGGAACUUGAGAAUUUUCCAAUGAGAAAAGUGCCCUGUAAGAAAGAUGCUGCUUCAGGUUCAUUCUUUGCUAGAGACAAUACUGCGAACUUCCUUCACUGGUGCAGGCACAUUGGGGUUGAUGAGACUUACCUCUUUGAAUCUGAAGGUUUAGUUUUACACAAAGACCCAAGACAGGUGUAUCUUUGUCUUCUUGAAAUUGGUCGAAUUGUGUCGAGAUAUGGGGUUGAGCCACCAGUAUUAGUAAAACUUGAGAAAGAAAUUGAACUGGAAGAGACCUUACUUAAUACUUCUGGGCCUGAAGAUUCCAUCAGCAUUCCGAAAUCAUGCUGUCAACAUGAAGAGUUACAUGAGGCCGUUAAACAUAUUGCUGAAGACCCUCCUUGUAGCUGUUCCCAUCGAUUCUCUAUUGAGUACUUAUCUGAAGGGCGGUACCGACUUGGGGAUAAAAUACUCUUUAUAAGAAUGCUCCACGGAAAACAUGUUAUGGUCCGUGUUGGUGGUGGCUGGGAUACUCUGCAAGGAUUUUUGCUUAAAUAUGAUCCCUGUCGAAUAUUACAGUUUGCUACACUAGAACAAAAAAUCCUAGCCUUUCAAAAAGGAGUUUCUAAUGAAAGCGUACCCGAUUCGUCUGCCAGAACACCUCAGCCACCUGACAUGAAUCCUUUGUCGGCAGUCAGCAUGUUUCAGAAACAAAAAUCAAAGCCCGGCCCGCCAGUUGGUGUUGCAAGGAGCAAAGAGAAGCAGGUGCGUCCGCCAGGUGGGUUGCUGCCCGCGGCUCCCCUGAACGGAGGGGAUCUGGGCUCUUCUCAUCUUAAGCUCAAAUCUUCGAAAGGCGCAGCGAAGAAACCACAGGCUCCUUCCGGCAGUGCGGCGGGUGCAAGCACUUCUGCAGCGGCUGCCCCCGGGGGCUCGGCGCGUGAACCUCGGCCACUGGGAAGAGGGGCCCCCCCCAGCGCCCCCGAGGCCCAGCUCCUUCCCGCCCCGAGGCCCGCCCGCCUGCCGGCCACGGCGCUCCUGCCCAGCCAGCCUGCGGGCAAAACCGAACCGAAGCCUUUGAAACCCGCUGCGGUCCGCGCCCGGGUGGGUCCCGAGUGUCCGGCCGCUGCACCCUCAGCCUCGUGCAAGCGUCCAGAGCCGCGGAGAGCAGAUACGCACCUAAGGCCGAGGCCUUCCCCCGCUCUCCGCCCCCCUGCAAAAAUGACAAAAUCCGGCCCCAAAAGCACCGCGCCCCGUCCAGGGCCACGGUGCCCGCCCCCUGCCGGAGCCCCCCGCGCCGCUCCCUCGGCUCCCUCGGCCGCAGCCGCAAAGGCCGCGCAGGACUCAGAAGGCAAGGCCGUGGUUCCAGGGGCCAAAAAACAGCCUCCCGGCCAAAGCACGUCCCCGAAGAGAGGCCCCAGCCCCGGCUGGCCCCGGCCCCCCGGCCGCGCCCCGCUGUCCCUCGUGAGCCUUCCCCAGGCGUCGGCCCAGAGCCCGACAGCGCGGGGGGCGGUGCGGGGGGCGGCCGGGGGCCAGCCUCCUGCCCCAGGGCCUCCGGGACGGGGACAGGGACGGGGACGGGGAGGAGGCCCGGCGGCAACCCGGGCACCGCCCGCACCCCGCAAGGAAGCCGCCAGCACCAGCGCGGGUAAGAAACCUACUGCAAAGAAGGAAGACGACGACCAUUAUUUUGUCAUGACUGGAAGCAAGAAGCCUAGAAAGUAAAUGCUGUGUGUGUCAUUUUAAGAACCCAGGAGAGGAAGAGCGUGGAAUGGUAGCACACAGCCUAAAACUUUCUCCUGUUGGUGUUUGACCAAAUCCGUUCAGAUUUAAGGCAGUAAGGAGGGGGAUUGGG